AUGACAGUUUGCGAUCUGCUGCAGGAGUAUGACGCUGCAGUUCGCCCUAGUGGACGAACACCAUACAAUAACACUAAAGGUCCUGUGGUCGUAACGACAAGCCUCAAUAUUCGCUCAAUCUCCGCAGUUUCCGAAAAAAAUAUGGAAUUUGUGGCUCAGUUCCGAUUUCGUCAAGAAUGGUUUGACGAUAGGUUGCGUUUUAUGGAUCAUCAGGGUCCGCUUUCUCCAGAAUUUCGUAAUUUUGAGUUUAUUCAUGUAGCUAGGGACCAACGUUUAUGGAUUCCGGACACAUUUUUCCAAAACGAACGAAACGGGUGGUACCAUAUGUUGGACCAGGAGAAUCGCUUCUUGAAGAUUCGCUCAGACGGGAAACUCAUUUAUGAUAGACGAUUAACACUUCACUUAUCAUGCUCUAUGCAUUUAUCGCGUUAUCCAAUGGACUCGCAACUCUGCGAAAUCGCAUUUGCUUCCUAUGCCUACACCACCGACGACAUCAAGUACGAAUGGGAUGUUGAGGCGAUCCGGAUCCACGACGGAGCCAACGGUGCUCUGCCCAACUUCGACAUCGCCACCUUCACGAACGGGACAUGCCAUUCCAAAACAAACACUGGUGAGUAUUCAUGCUUGCGAGUGGAACUGAAGCUGAAUCGUGUGUUCUCGUUCUUCCUUCUGCAACUGUACAUUCCGUCGUCGAUGUUGGUCGGCGUAGCUUGGGUUUCUUACUGGAUUGAUUGGAAAAGUACUGCCGCUCGUGUGCCAUUAGCAAUCGUCACCCUUCUUACAAUGAUAACUACUUCACACGCCAUUAACUCAAAUUUGCCUCCCGUCUCCUAUGCGAAGUCGAUCGACAUUUGGGUCGGAGCGUGCGUUGUGUUCAUCUUCUUUUCGUUGAUUGAGUACGCUGUUGUCAAUUACAUGGGGAUUAUGGAUGAACACAGACAAAUGAGGAAAGCAGCAUGCAAUCGCAGUCGCCUUUCGAAUGUGAUAGAUAACCAAUUCUACAUGCAGUGCGCUGAGCAGAUGACUUCGCCAACCUCCUUCGUCGGAUUCAGUCCACAAGAGAAAAAGCGCCUUCUUCGUCGUAAACGCAAUAGGUCAUUCGAGUUGCGCGAGGAGGAAGUCGGGAUGGAAAUGGACGGUAUUGAACUUGGCGACUUAGUACCGCCCAGAACAGCAGGACAUAUCGAGCAGGGUUGGACGUUUCAGGACACAACAGAUCUUGUCUAUAUCGGACAACGUAAAAGGGUGGAGCUGGUUAGAUGGUGCAGUGUACUGUCCUCCAGAGGUCGUGCAGAAAGAAUUGAUAUUAUCGCCAGGAUAAUAUUUCCUAUCGCCUUUAUUAUGUUCAACUUCGCUUACUGGAGCAUAUAUUUGGAUAACAGUGAAUAA